UGAUAUUGCAGUUCACACAUGCUUUGUCCUGCACAACAGAGAGGCAGUAACAGGAGGGUUUUUGCAGCCUUCAUCAGUUUCACAAGCCAAUAGUUCGGCUGUUGCCUGUGCAAAGGCCAGACCAUGUGUGUGACUGCCCAGCAGGUAACGUUGAGGUUUCACCCGGCGCAAUUGUGGCUCUUGUAACCAUAAAUGGCCGUUAUAACCUUGCACUGCCAGUGGUGAGCUGCACCAGCUGUGACCUAAUGUGGUCCCCCUCAGUUAAGGACAUCCUGGGUAGUGGAUAUUGGCCUGGCACCUUAAAUUUCUGCACCCUGUUUUCAAUGGAUGUCUUUCAGUCUUUCUAUGACAUUAAGAAGGCUGCACCAGGGAUGUCACUUAAGGCAUUUGUCAAAAUGCUGGAUGAAAGAACAGCCCAUUUUGGAAGGACUGGCCGAAUAUCAGCUGAUGCCUUCAGUAAAAGUUUUGUGGAGUGGAGUGCUGUAAAGUUUGAGGUGGACAGGAUGUGCAAGGAGCCAUGCAUUAGCUGCCCUGCCUGCACUCCAGACGUGCUUGCCGUCUCAGUUGAUGGAAACCGUAAGCUUUAUCGCUUUCAGUCAAAUACAAGCACUUCAGAGCAGGGGAACUUUGAAGGUGUCUUCAUUGAAAAAGAUGAGGAAGUUGCUGAGUUUAUGAAAUACAUCCAGAGACACACAAAUGAUGUGGCUCAGCUGAGGAACCUCUUGUCAAUGCGUCCUUUUCUCUCCGUCAUGCAUGCAAAGGCUCACAUUUGGAAAUGCGAGAUCAAAUGGGGAGGUGCGUUUCAGGAUGGGGCCGGUUCUACAGUUGGAAAAGAGGUGGGACAAGUAAACAGUUUCCUGUCUAGGGCAGCCAUCGAAGUACAUGUCUAAAGCAGGGCGAACAGACAUGCUGACCCUCCUGGCUUUUGGGUGGAACAAAAGGAAAGUGGAACAACUGGGCUGCACUUUGAGCCAGAGAUAUCUAAAGAUCAUAAGGAUCCUUAGAGAACAAGUGGAGAGCCUGAAUGCGACCAAAAAUGAGCUGGGUGUGGAUGACGACACACUGCAGCAAUGGGUGGCCGAUGUGCAGAAAUGGGCUGAAGAUAGCAACAAGAGGCGACACAGAAUUUGCAAGGUCAUCUUAGAUGAGAAGAAAUGCUUGGCGGCUGCUGUUGACGACUACAACAAGCUUGCUGAACCAACAAAGCAAAUCGUAUCCAGUGAUGCCCUCAAGCAGACCGACAUUUGGCCCUGGCAGAGCACAAGUGAACCUGCUGCUGACCUCCAGACAAAGAGAAAGGUCUUUGAGAAGGUGAUGGCUGUGAGGCGCCUGAGAGAGGAGGAGAUGAUCCUUUGCAGGGAGAUGUAGCAUCACUGGACAGUGUUGCGAAUGCGAUCUGUGGUGUUGGGGACAAUCUCC